AGGAACAUCAAUUGUCAAUACCGAACAAGUCACAGGUUCAGCUUGUUGGCAGUUUUAGAAGCUGCAGAGGUUCAAUCAAGUGCCCUUCGUAAGACUCAUACAGGGUCCACGAUACUACAACUAGUAUUUUACGUUACGCGCCUAACUCGCGCGUCACUAUGGCCUCCCAAAACGUCAAGAAAGUCACCAAGACGCAAACUAAUCGCCUACCUGCUCCUGCCCUCUUCGUUGGGCCACCAUCGCACAAUGCUUCCAACACUUCGUUACACGAGAUUCGAUCCCCUACAAAGACGCCCUUAGUCCGCCAACGUUCACUGCUCUCCCCAGAUUCGCAGCGACCUCUUCCACCUACGACAACCAACGAUGGCGACCACCUCAGUCUUACUUCCACAAAUCCUUCUGCGCCCUUCCAACGGCGACAAAGACAGCAUAGCCAAGCAGCAGAUGCCGAAGCAUCGUCACGCGCCGAAGCAAUAUGGGCCGAGAUGCAGAACACAUUGGAGGAGGUGGAGCUGAGCGCCAUCAAGGGACCAGGUAUGACCGUCUUCGGUUCUGAACAUUCCCGAGCCCUUGAUGAGCUGCGAAAAGCGCAGAUAGAACUCGCGAAAGCAUGGGCACGCUCAGAAGAGGAUGAACAGACACCCGAACAACAGAAGAAGUCACAGGAUAGCAAAGCGAACGAUCUGCAACCACAGAGCCUUGCACACCCUCAUGACGGGGCAGGAUCCGGAAAGGGUGAGAAGUUGUUUGAUCGCAUCAAGCUUGAGGAGGAGACAGAAAAAGAUAUCGAGUUGAGCCGGAAGAGGAGAGAGGAGAAUGACAGGUACUUUGAGAAGGUAAACAAGGGUGUGCAAGAGGUCGUUGUAAGGUUGGAAGAAGUUGCAAAGGCUAUGAGGGGAGUUGAGAGCGAGAGUAAAGAGAUCUGGGGGCAUGGCAGCGAAGAAAGCGUGGACACUGCAAGCGUCACGACGGCACCGAGCGUUACCUGAGAUGGCAAGCAACUACACACAACAAUUGCGCAAAACCACCUAUUUAUGCACGGGUCAGUGUAGACCGAGAUACCUAUUGAGAUUGUAUUCUCCAGACCCAGAAGGAUCCACACGCCUUCAUACCAAGACGCCACACAUAUUUCAAAAGGAGCUCUGAUUGAAGUCAGAUAAGCUUUCACUGAAACAUUCUAGGGUUAGUAGCAAAAUGUUAGAAAGGUCGCGUGCAAGACGACCAAUAAGACCUGAGACGCGUAGCAAAAGAUGUUACACACGCGGUGAGUAUGACACACUGGGGCUGCUACACCGUAUCGUGUAAAGGCAGCGUCAUAAGAAUUCAUAUAGCGUUGUAUAAAGUCAGGAGCUCAAUAGUGAGAAAACCACA